AUGGCGUGGGAUCACCUUUCAAUCACCAAGCCGCACUUGGUGUACAUCAUCUUGGGCGGCUUUACCACUCUUUUCAUGCUUUGCUCCUCCAUCAUCAAGGAGCGCAUGUACAUUGGCGAGGCCACUGUCGCGACACUCUGCGGCAUCAUCUUCGGCCCUCACGCAGCCAAUCUGAUCGACCCAAAAAGCUGGGGCAAUGUCGACCUCGUCACCAUUGAAUUCUCCCGCAUUGUCCUUGUCGUACAAUGUUUCGCCGUCGGUGUCGAAUUGCCAAAGUUCUACAUGGAGAAGCAUUGGAGAUCGGUCACCUUUCUCCUCAUUCCCGUCAUGACCUUUGGCUGGCUGAUCACGAGCUUGUUCAUCUGGUGGAUGAUUGACCCCUUGAACUGGCUCGAGAGCUUGGUUGUCGCAGCCUGCGUCACCGCUACCGAUCCCGUUUUGGCUUCCUCGGUCGUCGGUAAGGGCAAGUUCGCCAAGCGAGUCCCCAAGCACUUGCGAGACGUCUUGUCUGCGGAGUCCGGGUGCAACGAUGGCAUGGCCUUCCCCUUCGUCUACCUCGGAAUUUACCUUAUCCAGGAGCACAUGGACGCCAAGCAAACAACGUUUCACUGGAUUGUCUACACCAUUCUGUACGAGUGCAUCUUUGGUGCCAUUUUUGGCUUCCUCGUAGGAUACAUUGCGCGUCACGGCAUCAAGUUCGCCGAGAAGCGCGACCUCAUUGAUCGCGAGAGUUUCUUGGUCUUCUACUUUGUGCUUGCGUUGUUCUGCGCCGGUGCCGGUAGUUUGCUCGGUAUGGACGAUUUGCUUGUCGGUUUUGCAGCCGGCGUGGGUUUCUCGAACGACGGUUGGUUCGCGGCCAAGACGGAGGAGUCUCACGUUUCCAACGUCAUUGACUUGCUGAUCAACUUGGCCUACUUCGUUUUCCUCGGAACCAUCAUCCCUUGGGAGCAGUACAACAACGUCGCUGAGGGUCUCACCCCUUGGCGCUUGGUUGUGAUCGCCAUCUUCGUCAUUCUCUUCCGUCGCAUACCCGCCAUGCUGAUGUUGAAGCCAUUUAUACCGGACAUAAAGACUUGGCGCGAGGCCCUGUUCGCCGGUCACUUUGGUCCCAUUGGCGUCGGUGCCAUCUUUGUCGCAAUUCUGGCUCGCGCCGAACUUCAAUGGGAGACCGUUGUGCCACUGUCGGACACCCCGCCGGAUGAGAUUGAGCACAGGACACUCGUUGCAGUCAUUUGGCCCAUCGUCACCUUCCUGGUCAUCUCAUCCAUCAUCGUCCACGGCUCUUCGGUCGCUGUCUUCACCCUCGGAAAGCGCAUCAACACGCUGACAAUCACCAUGUCCUAUACCACCGCCCCCGAGGACGGCCCUACCUGGAUGAACCGUCUGCCAAGAAUCUCUUCGCAGUCUCGAUCUCAAGCUCGCACCAUGUCCGAUACCGAUGGCGACGAUUUGAAAAUGCCGGAUUUCCCACCCGGGACCUUGCCCCCUGUGGGCUUCCCCGGCGCAUUCCUUAGACGCCAGAAGGAGGGCGAAGAUGGCUCCAAACACCGGGGUCGUUCGACUUCCCGCAGCCGUCGCAAGAGCAAGAAGUGGGAGGAUGGUCUUGGUCCCGGUGGACCUGUUUCCCAGUCUGCUAUUUUCCCCACGAGACGUGAGCCCUUACCCAACGAGAAGGAACCCUCAUCACCAGACAAUACCGAUGAGACGACGCCGGCCAGACGCGAUUCCGAGAGGGGUCGUGGAAGAGAUCCCGAAAAGGACGAUGAGAUUGCUCCUUCUCCUGAAGAGGGAUCCAGCCGAACCCAGACACCGCCCAAGAUCCAGAUCUACGAGGAAGGAGACAACCUGGUGGUCGAGAAUGAGGAUGGAGAUGUCUUGACCGUUGAAAGAUCUUCUGACCUACGUGAAGGUACGGGCGGCGACCCCGUUCACACUGAUCUUGCUGCCGUGGCUGCCGCCAAGUCGAAGCAGGGGGAGAAGUUCAAUUGGACCCUUGAUUCCUUCAAGCGCAAGGUUGAGGAUGUCUACACUUCAGAAGUUGAGAAGCGCAAGGAGAAGAGCAAGGCUGACAGACGACACGAGCCUGCUCGUGCUUUCCAAUUUGGCAACACUGUUAUUGUCGAAGACGAAGAUGGUGAGGUUAUCAAGACUUACGAGCUGCCAUCGACCAAGACUGGAAAGGAAAUUGGCGGCAUCACGCAACAGAGUCUGAAGUAUCUUGGCAUGGGUGGUUUGCUUAAGGCGUCCGAAAAGGCGGCAGCUGAGGCCGCCGCCGCCAAGCAAGGCGAGUCUAGUACCGAAGGUGCUGCCAAGGCACCCGCGAAGGCUGGAUGGCAAAACAUGUGGAGAGGCGGCGAGGGCGACAAGCCCAAGAAGAACGCUGUCGAGCAGCAACAAGAGGACGAUCGACACAUUAGAUUCACCAUUGGCGGCGUUGGUCAGCGCAUGACCAAGGAGGACUUCAUUCGGGAAGUAUCGAAGCUCGACGUCAAGACUCGCCGCGAGGUCGUAGACCAAUCUACCGCAUCUCAGCGAGUCAAGUCAAUCGCGAAGGGAGACAUUCCUUCCCCGGCAGACAUCCCGACCAUUAAGAUUGGAAGCGAUUCUGCCGACAAGCAGUCGGUAGCCCGGUCUCCUCCGCGCAUCAACACCGGUUUGUCCCAGGCACCACCCGCCCGGGAAUCCGAAGACGUUGAUGAGGACGAGACUGCCGUCGAGAGACAGCGUAGGUUAGCUGUCUUGGCGGGCCAGGGAGACGAGGACGCCGGCGAGACCCCUGCGGAGCGACGCCGUAGAGAGGCUGCUCUCGGCAUGGGUUCGCCUACAGGAGGCGACGACUCCGACGACGAGGGUGGCGAGAGAGUGCCACCGAAGACGAGGGGAAUCCGUUUUGCGGACAACGCGGUAGAGAGAGGGAGGAAGUGA